AGCCUCGCAAACAAAGAAAAGAGAAGAAGGUAGCUAUUAGCUAGUCAUUUAGUGCAGCGAUGGGGCGGUCGCCGUGCUGCGACGGGGAGGCCGGCGUGAAGAAGGGCCCGUGGACGCCCGAGGAGGACAAGCUGCUGGUGGACUACAUCCAGGAGAAGGGGCACGGCAGCUGGCGCCACGUGCCCAAGCUCGCCGGCCUCAACCGCUGCGGCAAGAGCUGCCGCCUCCGCUGGACCAACUACCUCCGCCCCGACAUCAAGCGCGGCCGCUUCACCGACGACGAGGAGAAGCUCAUCAUCCACCUCCACUCCCUCCUCGGCAACAAGUGGUCGUCGAUUGCUACGAAGCUGCCGGGGAGGACGGACAACGAGAUCAAGAACUACUGGAACACGCACCUGCGCAAGAAGCUGCUCGGCAUGGGCAUCGACCCCAUCACGCACCGCCCGCGCACGGACCUAAGCCUGCUCGACGGGCUCCCGGGUCUCCUGGCGGCAGCCGGUAACUUCGGCGGCGCCGGCUCGGCCACGGGCGCCUGGGACAUGAACGCGCUCAGGCUGCAGGCCGACGCCGCCAAGUUCCAGCUGCUUCAGGGGCUGGUGCGCGCGCUCACCGCCGCUGCCGUGCCCGCGCCCGCACCCGGCAUGGACAAGCUCAUGGCACUCCUCGCUGCCAGCAACGGUGGGCAGAACGGCGCCGGCAUUGACCAGAGCAUGCUGCUCCAGCAGUGCCAGUGGGACGGCAUGAACAACCUGCCGGCGCUUACCAGCUCCACGCCGGUGAACGGCAUGGACAACGUCAGCGGCAUGUUCGACGGUUUCGGCGCCGGGGAUGGGCUGAGCUCAACGGAGUUUGGGGGCUAUGGCGGGGAGAGCGGGAGCAACGUGACCGUGGACGCGGUGGUGCCAGCGCGCCCAAUGGUGGCCAACGACCAGGAGUGCAACAACAAUGGCGGCGGCGGUGUGUCGUGCGACCAGACGCCGGCGUCGAGCCCGUUCAACGGGCUGGAGAGCCUAAACCUGAUGGAUGACCUCAACACAGACGGUAGUUGGAAGGAUUUGCUAGAGCAAAUGUCAUGGCUGAACUCAAGUGAACUGUGAUGGGUAGAUAGAAGAGAUAUGAUCAAGGAUGCCAAAAAUAAUCAGGAAGGAGACUGAGACUAUUAAUUGUUGGAUUGGACGCGCUUUUCGGUCGAUCAAUACCGAAGAUGUGAAGUUUGUUUGUUGAUAGGGGAUCAAGGAGGUUUAUUCCACACUUUUAGUCAUGUACAAAAAAGAACAGAAGGACAUACAUUAAUGUCAAUUUUUGUUUAAUUAGUUUCUUUGUUGUUUCCUUUUUUUAUGAGGUGGGGAAUAUAUGUAAUAACUCGGUUGUGACAUAAAUUGAAAGCACCUUCUUUUUUCCAGACAGCAAAGUAUGUGUGUGUAAGUGUGACUAUAUACUCAUCGUCAUUAUUUCUUGAGUCUUGCAUAAUGACGCAGGGUUUAGUUAAUUUGUUUGAACUUUCUCUUGCGUGA